GUAAGUCAAUAUUUCUGUCGCUUGGAGACAAUCAGCUGACUUUAAAGAUUUGUGGACGAGAACGUAGUGGGGCUCGCGAUCCGGAGACUGAACGGAGUGUUCUUUGGCGGCUUUCAUUUGACGGUCAAUCGCCCUAGAUCAAGAUCUCGUGGAGAUAGUUAUUCGAGCCAGCGAAGCUACACGUCUAAUCGAACUGUCGUUGGUCCCAGAGAACCUGAGCAAGGUCCACCAUUCUCUCGUCGGCCAUCCUUCCGUGAACCGUACAGCCAUAUCCGCAACUUUAGCAGAAGUUCCGUCGAUGGUCCUCAUCAUGUUCGCAACCUUAGCAGACAAUCGACGGAUACUUUCAUCUCGCCACCUCAGAUCGAAGGCAGAUUGAUAUCCAGUGUAUCUGAGGUCAUUCAGCAUAAUGCUGCUCUCAAUCGCAUGGGACCGCCAAUGCCGUUGGAAAGCAUCGAGAACCACUACGGCCGCAACCCGCAAAACAAGCUAAACAAUGAGUACCGCCACGGCGGCGAGUCCCCCACGCAGACGGUUCAGUACAAAGGAAAGGAGAACUCUCCCAUGAAGAGUGAAAAGCCACCAAUGACCCCCUCACGCAAGACUUCUUUCAGUUCUCAGGCAGGAGGUCAGGGAUCGAAGCGAAAGAACAACAACAAGAGAACUCUUGUCUCUAGACAGAACUCGUCCACGUCGGCCCAACCACACCCGACUGGAAUCCUUACUGAUGCUGUCAUUGAUAGCACAUCCGCUGCUGAUAUCAAGAAGAAUUCCAACCCUACCUCAAUGAUCUCAACGGAUUCCAAUAUUCAAUCUGAUGCCUGUGAAGAUGUAGCCACCGAAAAGCCAAAGCAGAAGAGCAAGCAGGGGAACAAGAAGAAGAAGAAUACCUCCAAGAGCAAGGAUGAUAAUACAAUGUCCGCCGGUCCCUCGAGCAACAGCAACCCCUCUUUUGCUAUCGAGUCUUCAUCAGAUGCCUUCGAGGUCAAUUCUCCGGUCGGAACUGAGAGCAGCAUGACCUUCACAUCCAAGAGCACGAAUACCUCCUUCAGUGAUCUCCCCAGCCGAAAGCCAAGUGCUGUUUCCAGUAUUUCAACGCCACCAUUGUCUGAAACUCUCGAAGAAGGUGACACCGCCUCUAUGAAAGCCAUGUCACCAAAGACAUCUGAUAUUGAUGAGAAGUCUAUUACGCCUAAGCCAUCUCAACCCAAAUUGCCCUCCUCCAAGACUCCUGAUACUGUGAUCAAGCAACGGUUGGCAUCUGACAAGGCCCACUCGAAGAAGGAGAGUACCGCCUCAACUGCUAAUGACGCACCCUCUUCCAUGAGAAAGACAGAUGUCAAAUUGGCCAAGUCAGAUGGUGAAGUUGAGAGUCCAGAGGCCAAGAUCAACCUUGACGACCAAAAGGAAUUCCCUGCCCUCGGACCAGUCAAGUCGCCCGUCUUGUCAAUUGCAGAUGGAAAACGUCCUGCUGCCCAUGCAGAUACUCAGAGACCACCAGUAAUUGGGUCGUUCAGCGAACGAGUUGUCUCUGGCUCUGGCAUGAAUCAGGCUAAGCCUGCUGUACCUGUCGUGGCUGUCCCGCGUUCUUACAUGCAGCGUCAGGCCCCUCAGCCGUAAGUCGUAAGAAACCCUCAGCUUCCUGCUACUUUGAGUUCAAGGUAAUGACAAA